AUGUUGAUCCUGCAGACAGUUAAAUUGAUCGUGUUUGCCCUCAAAUUGCUCCCGAAGCGGUUUACGCACAGGAAUGUGUUAUUUACGAUAUACUUGGUCACCCUCGUCACACACGUGAUGAUGGAUGAACCAAGAUUUGCGCAGCCCAUCCCGAACGUAACGGUUGCCGUGGGACGCGAUGCGAACCUGCCGUGUGUCGUGGAGCAUUUGGGCACGUACAAGGUCGCGUGGAUCCACAUCGAUCGGCAGAUGAUUUUGACGAUACACCGGCAUGUGAUAUCGCGCAUUCCGCGGUACAGUGUGACGUACGAUAAUUCCAACACAUGGCUGCUGCACGUCAGCCAGGCCCAGCAGGACGAUCGGGGCUACUACAUGUGCCAAGUGAACACAAAUCCCAUGAUUAGCCAAGUGGGCUACUUGCAAGUUGUCGUGCCUCCGAACAUUCUGGACAUCGAAAGCACUCCGUCGUCGGUGGCCGUGCGAGAAAAUCAAAACAUCAACAUGACAUGCCGUGCCGAUGGGUUUCCCACGCCCAAGAUCAUCUGGCGACGCGAGGACGGCCAGAGCAUUACCGUCGAGCGAAAGAAGAAAGUGAUGGUAUACGACGGCGAGGUGCUCCAUCUGACGAAGGUAAGCCGCAACGAAAUGGGCGCUUAUCUCUGCAUUGCCACUAAUGGUGUGCCACCGUCGGUGUCUAAGCGGAUUAUCCUCGAUGUUGAGUUUUCCCCGAUGAUAUGGGUGCCGAAUCAGUUGGUCGGGGCACCGCUUUCCACGGACGUUACCAUCGACUGUCACACGGAAGCACACCCUAGAGCGAUCAUUUACUGGGUGUACAAUUCGGUGAUGGUGCUGCCGAGUAAAAAGUACAUAAUCGAUUACAACGAAAACUCCUACCGAGCGCACAUGAAGCUCACCAUCAAGGGCUUAUCGGUGGGCGAUUUUGGCAACUAUCGAUGCAUAUCGAAGAACUCCCUGGGCGAAACGGAGGGUUCCAUUCGCGUGUACGAAAUUCCACUCCCAUCAACACCGUCGAAACAAAUUACCCACGUAAUGGAACCGAAGGAGACGGUCCCGGCCGUGGUGUCACGUAAUGAAACCAUUAAGGUCGCCAACCAGCCCGAGCUCCUGUUUCCGAUGAAGACCGACGAUGGCAACGCGCAGCGCUCACCGAACGGGAUCCCCUUCGAGCGCAAGGGAUCGCUCGCUAUCGGCCAAAGUUUCUCCUACACCGAUAUGCCACCGAAGGAGUUCGGCGUGUCUAAUGAUGUUCAACGGAGCUUCGGUACGCUGACGCUGCUUUCCUUCGCCGUAGCCGGCCUUCCAUCGUUGCUGGUCGUGCUGUAUCAUCAGUGCAUCGAGGGUCGACUUCUGCUGUAAGCAUAGCUCUGCGGAACUAAGCGGCAGAAGAAAUAAAAUAAAUAAAAAGAAAACUAGGAGAUGCACUCUCCCCACUCCCACUCUGUUGCCACAUGGACGUAAGAAGACCUUCCACGCUUUCGUUCGGAAAGGACGCGAAACUGUUGAUUCCGCGCGGAGGUCGCUCAUAUCAGUCAAGUUGCUCAUAUCAAAGGACGGGCGCCCCCGGCGAGGUUACGCUGCAAAAGGCUGAAGAAACCUGUAAAAAACUCACGAUUUCACAAUGUUUAUGCUUAGAGGCGAGAUGGGCCCGGGGGAAAGGGAAUAAACGAUAAUACACAAUUUUUGUGCGCGAACACGGUGGAGUAAAAAAAAAAACUGAUUAAAGGGUUGUGUUUUGCCAAGAUUCAUUUACGAUUGAACGUGUGGCGUUAUUUUAGGCUUUAGUCUGGCGCAUAGUUCGCCAUGGAUGUAGUUAAACAUUUCGAUGCAGCAGUAAGAACCACGGUUUACGUCAAGCACCCGUAAGGCAUUUAUGUAAAUUACGCCUGUACUCAGUUGAUGGUAUGCUUAUUUUCGCAUCUUUUACAAACAGAAAGGAAAAAUAUCACGAAUCUAAAUAAGAAAGCAAAACCAAAACCCGUAGGCGAACGUUGUAUUAUAGCGACAUGGCUUAACUCAUGGCGAGUUUGUUAACUAUAGCAGAGCAAAAACGGCAAAACACUUUAGCGUAAGAGCACUUAUUCGGCGGUCAAUUGAUCGCAGCAUAGCGUUAUGGAGGAGGAGCUCAAGCUGCAGCAAAAUAGAAAGAAAGUAAAAAAAUAAUUGUUUUUCAACCGAAAUGGAAAUGCAAAGAAAACGUGGCGCUAAAUUGUGGAAUGUGUAAAUAUUUUAAGCCCCAAAUGAUUUAAAUACAGCGCGCAACAAGUAGCAUGGUGCAAUGCCGAGUGGACCAUCGGAAUUGAAAGUGAAACAAAAGAAAACAAACCAUAAGAUGACCAUAAAAUAAAGGGAAUGUCAUAACUUGUACCCGAGGGUGUAAGUACUAGCUGAUUGCGCGGUAUUGUUAGGUUAUUUGUUAUGUUAACAGUUUUUUGUCUAAUUAGCUCAAGCACUAAAAAGACAUUUGGCAGGAGGGGUCAGCAGCCAUAACUUACCAUGCAAGAAUGAUUGCAGAUAUUUAGAAAUAUAUUUGACAUAAUAAAAUAAUCAUGUUCUGUUUGUGCGUUUUUUUACCGAA